AUGACUUGGCACUCUUAACUUGUUCUGUGUCAACUCGUCAUGAUAAUUAAUUUAACAACGUUAACGCAGGGAAGGCUCAUUUAACAAAAGGGGACAAACACAGCAGCGUUUCAAUGUGACUUUUAUUCAUUCUAAAUAUCAUCGCAUCCCUGAGUGUUCACGUUACCUUUCGGCCGCCCAUAGUGUCAGUAAGGCUGAACUGUCCGACUGGUUGUCCGACUUUGACUGCAGAACUGUCCAGCCUCCAGCAUCAUGGCCUCUGCCACCCCCGCUGCAGCUGCCUCCAGCGGCCGCUCCGCCGGCCGCCACAGCGCAGCCGGUGCUGGGCGCACGCAGCGCGGCCUGCCCGCCUCCAGCCCCAGCCCGACCCGUCUGCUGCGCGGCCAGGAGAAGGAGGAGCUGCGACACCUCAACGACCGCCUCGCCAACUACAUCCACCGGGUCCAAGAGCUGGAGAGUGAGAGGUCUUCAAUACUGUUCCAGCUGGAGGAAAAGGAUGAGUCGAAAAGCCGAGAGAUGGGCAACGUGCGGCGGCUGUACGAGGAGGAGCUGGCCGAUGUCCGGAAGUCCCUGGACGGCCUGGCCGGAGAGAGGGCCCGUCUGCAGAUCGACUAUGGAAAUCUCUGCGAGGAUUACAGAAAGAUCCAAGCCAGGAACCAGAAGAAGGAGAGUGAUCUGGCGAAUGCGUUGGCCCAGUGGAGGAAAGUUGAAGCAACUUUAAGCUGCAAGGAUGCAGAGUACAAGAAUCUGCUGUGUGAGAACAGGAGACUCCACGACGACUUUGCUGACCUGCAGGGCCAGCUGGAAAACGUAGAGGGGGUUCUGUCAGAGACAAAGAACCAGCUGAGCUCUGAAAUCCUGUGGAGAGUGGACCUAGAAAACCAGGUGCAGACACUCAAAGAACAGCUGGAGCUCCAGAGGAACAUCACCGAGCUGGAGAUCCUAGAGAUCCGAAGCUGCCAUGAGAGUCGUCUGGUGGAGGUGGAAUCAGGCCGGCGGAGUGAGUUUGAGGGUAAACUGUCGGACACCAUGCAGCAGCUCCGCCAGGACCAUGAGACCCAGCUGCAGCAGUACAGAGAAGAGCUCCACCGGACCUUCACGUCCAAGCUGCAGAAUGCCCAGCAGGCUGCAUUGGAGAAGAACAACACCGCGUCAGCCACUAAAGACGAGCUGGAAAGCAGCCGGCUCCGAGUGGAGAGCCUCAGUGCCCAGCUGCAGCAGGCCCAGAGAGACAAAAUGUUGCUGGAGGGCAGCUUUCAUGAUCUGGAGAGGACUCUGGACAAGGAGCGUGAGGUGUGGCAGCAGAGACUGGGUCAGAAGGAGCAGGAGCUGCUGAACAUCAGGAGCCAGAUGUUUACCCAGCUGGUAGACUACGAGAACCUGCUGGAUGUUAAGCUUGCGCUGGACAUGGAGAUCAAUGCCUACAGGAAGAUGCUGGAAGCUGAGGAGCAGAGACUGCAGCUAACCCCCAGCCCUUCCCAGCACUCAGCCGUCCCUCGGACACAUGAACACAGCAGCCGGCAGCUUAGAGGGAAGAAGCGGAAACGCGAGGGAGCCUCGGGCAGCCAUGCAACGCAGCACGGCUCUGUGAGCGUGGCCGGAGUCGACAUGGAUGGGAAAUAUAUCAGACUGAAGAACAACUCUGAGACGGAGCAACCGCUGGGGGGUUGGGUGGUCCGGAGGUUGUACCCCCACUCUGGAGACCUCUCAUUCCACAUCCCCCCCUCCAGCAGCCUUUCUGCUGGCCAGACGCUCACAAUCUGGGCAGCAGGUGCUGAGGCGGAAGCUGAUCCUGGGGACCUGGUUCUGCAGGGCCAGACAAGCUGGGUCCCUGUCACUGAUGUCAGGGUGAUUCUCCUCAACCAGGACCACGAGGAAAUGGCAGAGCGCAGGGUGUGUAUGCAGCAUAGAGGGGAUGAGGAAACUGAACUGUUUGAUGAAGAGUAUGUUGCAGGCAGUGACAUCCAGCACUUUCGGAGACAGGUAAACACACAGAGUUAUAAAACCAGCCAACAAAACAGGAGGUAUUUUUAUUUUAUUUUUUUAUUAUUGCUUUGUUUCCCUCUGUCUCUUUCGGGGUGGAGCUUCAUAUUCAGUUUUCUCUGUAUAGAAAGUCCUCAGUAAAUGUCCACCAAUACUAGCAAUUUAGGAAUCGCUCCUACUGGCUCACCAGUGAGGUUUGUACAGUAAGCUGGAACAUUAAAGGCCCCUUGAAGAGAUCCAGGGCAUUUGCUCAUCUGAAACGACUUAAUGCAGACAUAAUGUUUCUACAAGAAACCCAUAUGCACAGACCAGGUCAGGCUUAAGUGUCCAUGGGUUUCUGAGGUGUUCCAUUCAAACUUCAACUCUAAGUCCAGAGGGGUUGACAUUUUAAUUGGUAAGUCUGUUAAUUUCACAUCUUCCAAGUGUAUAGCGGAUGACAAUGGCAGAUAUUUAAUUAUCUCAGGCACGCUGUUUCAUGUUCCUGUAUUGUUAGUCAAUAUUUAUGCUCCAAAUGUUAAUAACCCACACUUCAUGAACAAGCUUUGCAUCAUUGCAUAAAAUCCUGCUUAUAUUUGCAGGGGAUAUGAACCUCGUUGUCGAUCCCAGGCUAGAUCGUUCUUCUCCUAAAACGCUGACCGCAUCACUCUUGUCAAAAACGCUUUCUGAUUUCAUGUCCAAGAACGGCUGCGUUGAUCCCUGGAGAUUCUAUAACCCCUGCAUUAAGGAAUAUUCCUUAAUAUUUUCUCAUAUGUGACCUGCUCCAUCGAAAUCAGUCGCAUUGACCCAAAGACACAUUUUGAGUUGUAUCCACUGUUGGAAAGAGGAGAUGCCUAGCUUUCUAAUGAUAUCAGGAUUGUUGUUGUACUCCAAAUAUUAAGCAAAAUAUGU